ACAGUAGUAGCUUAUAAUAACCAUAUAUGGUCAUAAACUAUGUCUAAAUCCCGGAUAUCCUGUAGCCCGGAUUUGGACAGCCGCAAGCAGUUUGGAACGCCGGUGAAGACAAUGUCGCGUUUCACGGAGGACGAAAUAGCAGACAGGAAGGAUUCUUUCGCUUUGUUUGACAAGAAGGGUGAUGGGAAGAUUGAGUGCUCUCAGAUUGGUGACGUUUUGCGGGCGCUUGGUCAGAACCCGACUGAAGCGGAGGUGAAGAAGAGUAUGGCUGAUCUGGACCCCACCGGCCUAAAACGCAUUAGCUUUGAAGAGUUCCUGCCGGUUCUUCAUUCCAUGUCUCAUCGUCGAGAGCAGGGUAGUCACGAGGACUUUGUCGAAGGCUUACGAGUGUUUGACAAAGACGGCAAUGGUUAUAUUGCGGCUGGGGAGCUCCGUCACGUUCUCACAAGUCUUGGCGAGAGACUGAGCGACGAGGAAGUCGAUCAACUUCUGCAAGGAGUUGAGCACGACAGUCAGGGACAGAUCAACUAUGAAGAUUUUGUGAAGCUUAUCAUGUCGCAGUGACUCGUUGUGGCAAUGAGUUCGGGUGUCGAGUGAUGUCUAACUAAGCUGUUGUAUUAGCAAAUCGGAAGUUUUUAGUGACACUGACAAGUUGACGUUCUCGUGCGUUUGUGUGAUUGCGAGUACAGACUCGGUAGUAAUUAACUGUUUGUUCACUCUG